CUGAUUCUUGGCGAUGGCAAUUUUUCCUUCACUCUUGCAUUUGCUCGGCUAAAUCCCGAAGCCGAAAUUUAUGCCAGUGUUUUUGAGAGCAGCUCGGAGCAUGCCGCAAAAUAUCCGUCAUCUGCUGACCACUAUAUUGCCGAGAUUCAGAUCCACUGUCCUCGUGUUCACAAACGACCACUGAAAUUUGGCGCUUUACCUGAGCAUCAACUGGACAGUUGGCAAAUUGCCUACUUAGCUGCUGAUGAAAAUUUGCUCAUCCUCGAAGCAUCGCCUUUUUGUGCUGAAAAAUUUUCCAGCUACGUUAGUUCGGGAUACCACAACAGCGAACGAUCUUUUCACUUUGUAGACCGAGCAGAAACUCUAACAUUUGUACGAAGUUCAGCUCUCUUCACAACGCUUCAAGAUUUGAAUGAGCUCGAAAGCCGUAGUUUUCUUAGAAUCCGAGGCUUAGCUCAUGAAUGGAGACCUUUUUUUCGCCGAGAUUUAUCAAUUCUCUAUCGAAAUCCAACCAAACUGCUCCAUCUGGAGAGAGUCUUAUUCUCCCUGAUAGACAGAUUUUUUGGGCAUAUUUUAAUUAGUCUUUAUGAGCUGGAAAAUCUGCGGACACAGUACGAGGAUUGCCCAAAUCGAAUCUAUCGUCUUACCUGGCAAACUUGGCGGGUACCAUUGACAAGAACCCUUUGCAAUUCGUUGCAUGAAGAGCUGAAGUGCAUUUUAUCGGAUUAUUUUGUUCGAGAGCAUUUGGAAAUGAUUGUAACAUAA